AUGAGCACACUUCUGAUCCUAGCCCUUGUGGGAGCUGCUGUUGCUUACCCCAUUGACGAUGAUGACAAGAUUGUCGGGGGCUACACCUGUACGGCAUACUCCGUCCCCUACCAGGUGUCCCUGAACAGUGGCUACCACUUCUGCGGCGGUUCUCUCAUCAAUAACCAGUGGGUGGUAUCUGCGGCUCACUGCUACAAGUCCCGGAUCCAAGUGAGACUGGGAGAGCACAACAUCAACGUCGCGGAGGGAAAUGAACAGUUUAUCACUGCAUCCAAGAUCAUCCGUCACCCGAGCUACAACAGCAAUACCCUGAACAACGACAUCAUGCUGAUCAAGCUCGCCUCGGCCGCAACCCUCAACUCCCGGGUGGCUGCUGUGUCUCUGCCCUCCUCCUGUGCCUCUGCUGGCACCAAGUGCCUCAUCUCUGGCUGGGGCAACACCCUGAGCUCUGGUGUCAAAAACCCAGACCUGCUGCAGUGCCUGGAUGCCCCUGUGCUCAGUCAGUCUUCAUGCCAGUCCGCCUACCCUGGAGAGAUCACCAGUAACAUGUUCUGUGCUGGCUUCCUCGAGGGAGGCAAGGACUCUUGCCAGGGUGACUCUGGCGGCCCCGUGGUCUGCAAUGGACAACUUCAGGGAAUUGUCUCCUGGGGCUAUGGCUGUGCUCAGAGGAACAAGCCUGGAGUCUACACCAAGGUGUGCAACUAUGUGUCCUGGAUUCAGCAGACCAUUGCUAGCAACUGAGCCCCCAUUCCUGCUGCCGUCCCUAUGCCAAUAAAGUGAA